ACCUAUCCCUCCUCACUCACUUCACUGUGUCAGCCCACUCUUGCAUUUCCACAGAGGGAAGAAGCAAAAAUAAUGGGCCUCUGAGAGAGACAUUUUUUUUUCUUUCCCUCUUUCCUGGAGCUUUCGCUGUGGAAGCCACAUGCAACACAGCCUGCAUUGUGUUUGAAGAUCAAGCCUGGGAGCAGGAGACGGGACAUUAAAAAGGAGCAAAUCCUUAGUUUGGAGAAGAAGUGGAGUUAUGAAGCCCAUCACCUUCGUCGGUGCUCUUUUGCUCCUGCUCUAUUUCUCUUAUAGAGGUGCAGAUGCCAACAGGCAUCACAGACAAAUCUCUCCUGGAAUCCAACAAGGUGUAUGUCGCUAUGGCAGGAGGCUGGAGUGUUGCUACGGCUGGAAAAGGAACAGCAAAGGCCAGUGUGAGGCACAGUGCGAGAACGGCUGCAAGCACGGCGAGUGCGUUGGACCAAACAAAUGCAAGUGCUUCCUGGGAUACACCGGAAAGACGUGCAAUCAAGAUAUGAACGAAUGUGGCUUGAACCCUCGUCCGUGCGAACAUCGCUGCAUGAACACCCACGGAAGUUACAAGUGCUACUGCCUCAACGGAUACACCGUGAUGCCUGAUGGAUCUUGCGCCAAUUCCAGGUCCUGCUCCCUCGCUCACUGCCAGUACGGCUGCGAGGAAGUCCGGGGCGAGAUCCGUUGCCUUUGCCCGUCUGCGGGGCUGCAGCUGGCAUCGGACGAGAGGACUUGCGUAGAUAUUGACGAGUGCGUCACUGGAAACAACCUCUGUCCAUACAACAGGCAAUGUGUCAACACAUUUGGCAGCUACUUCUGCAAGUGCCAGGAGGGCUACAAUCUGAAAUACGUCAACGGCAAACACGAUUGUGUAGACGUGGAUGAGUGUGCGUCCAGCACCAACAAGUGCAGCCAUCAGGCUGUCUGUCUGAACAAUCAAGGAUCCUACAAGUGCAGGUGCAAGUCUGGCUUCAGAGGCAAUGGCUUUGAAUGCUCCGUCAAGCCGUUUUAUCAGAGGUCACGUGAUGGAGACAAAGGCAGUGCAGACCACGUCUUGAAUGCAAUCCCAGAUUCCCAAGUAAGGCCUCGAAUCCUGGGGGGUAAGUUUGAGAAUGAGGACAUCAAAAACGCCAUCCCCGAACCAGCAGUGACGCUGCCUCCGAGGAUCCGACAGCAGCCGUUCGAUUACGAAGAAGAGGUCUACGUUGGCGAACCAACUGGAGAGACCCCGAUGGAAGAGUUCCUCGAGGAGGAAGAGGACGAAGAAGAAGAGGAAGACAACCAACUCAAUCCAAGAGGAGAUGUUUUCACAUCAGAGGACUUUGAAUCAGUUUUCGGUCCAGUCACGGAGUUCAAACAGCUUGAAAGGGCAGCGCAUCAGGAAGAGUUCAUUAUGGACUGCAAUUUUGACAAGGGGGCGUGCGAGUGGGUCCAAGACAAGGCUGAUGACGUGGACUGGAGUGUAGCUUACCAUGGCAGAGGUGGCGAGUACUACAUGUCCCUGAGUGGUCUCCUGGGCAAGCAAGAGGAUGUGGCCAAGCUCAAGCUGCUGCUCAGUGAUCGAACCCAGCAGGGCAGCUUUUGUCUGACAUUCGACUACCGUGUCGUGGGUCAUGGUGUGGGCACUUUAAGGGUGCUGCUAGAUAACAAAGCGUAUCCCGUGUGGGAGCAAAGCCACAGCAAAAAUCAGGGCUGGCAGACCGAGUUGCUCACUGUGGCCUGGAGAGAAGAAGCACCGCACGCAGUCAUCUUUGAAGCACAACGUGGGAGAGGAGUUGGCGGAGAGAUCGGACUGGACAAUGUUGUGUUGACCUCCGGGCCGUGUCAAGAUGAAGACUCGCCAAUCUUUUAGGAAACUUCAAUUUGAACAAAAGAACAACAAAAUAUUGUCCAACUGACAGGACUCCCGGUAUGGGAGUAUUUGGAUGUGUUUAGAUGCUGUGUACAAUAAGCGCAUGUACUGUCGCGGUCCAAAGUUUACAUACACUUGAAAAGAACAUAAUGUCAUGGCUGUCUUGAGUUUCCAAUAAUUUCUACAACUCUUAUUUUUUUUUUGAUAGAGUGAUUGAAGCACAUACUUGUUAGUCACAAAAAACAUUCAUGAAGGUGGGUUCUUUUAUGAAUUUAUCAUGGGUCUACUGAAAAUAUGACCACAUCUGCUGGGUCAAAAGUAUACAUACAGCAAUGUUAAUAUUUGGUUACAUGUCCCUUGGCAAGUUUCACUGCAAUAAGGCGCUUUUCGUAGCCAUCCACAAGCUUCUAGUUUAAUUUUUGACCACUCCUUUUGACAAAAUUGGUGCAGUUCAGCUAAAUGUGUUGGUUUUCUGACAUGGACUUGUUUCUUCAGCAUUGUCCACACGUUAGGACUUUGGGAAGGCCAUUCUAAAACCUUAAUUCUCACCUGAUUUAGCCAUUCCUUUACCAUUUUUGAUGUGUGUUUGGGGUCAUUGUCCUGUUGGAACACCCAACUGCAACCAAGACCCAACCUCUGGGCUGAUGAUUUUAGCUUGUCUUGAAAAAUAUUUUUCAUCGUCCCAUUUACUCUCUGUAAAGAACCAGAUCUAUUGUCAGUAAAACAGGCCCAGAGCAUAAUACUAUUACCACCAUGCUUGACGGUAGAGGGGUGUUCCUGGGAUUAAAGGCCUACCUUUUCUCUACUAAACAUAUUGCUGGGUUGUCACGCCUAUGGAUUAUGUUUUGUUUUUGCCAUGUUUGGUCAUGUUAGGUUUUGUUUUUUGGACACUCAGUUCUGUUUUUGCACUUCCUGAUUUGUUUUCGUCUCCAUGCCAACUCAUUGAUUUUCACCUUGCCCUCAAGUCCUCAGUUCUCACACCUGCUAAUCAUUAUCACAGUCAUUAUUUAAUCCAUUCUGUUUCUGUCUUCGUCCUGGCAACUUUACCUAGCUACCUUACCUACAUUUCCAUGUACCUACCUUCAUGAUUUGAUGUUCGUUUUUGACCAUGCCAGGUAAGUUUUGUAUUUAUGCCUCAGUGCAAGUUUUUGGUUUGUUAUUUAUGGCACAGCCCAAGUGUUUUUGUUUCACGUUUUUAGUUUACUGCCUUUGUUCUAGUCAUUUGUUUUUGUAGCCAAGUAUUUGUUCUCCGCCACUGUGCGCGCCCUUUUUUUGCCUUUUUGUGUAGUUUUGUUAGAAUAUAAAUAAAUAUGUACUCACGUUUACGCCAGGCUCGUCCCAAAUAUUCUCUGCAUCGAAGAAACAAUCCUAGUCCAAAUCCUUGUUUGACAUGGGUGUUGUGGCCAAUCAGCUCAAUUUUUGUUUCAUCUGACCACAGAACUUUCUUCCAGAAGGUCUUAUCUUUAUCCAUGCGAUGUCUGACUUAAAUGUGUGGACAAAGCUGAAGAAACAAGUCCAUGUCAGAAAACUAACAUUUAGCUGAACUGCACCAAUUCUGUCAAAAGGAGUGGUCAAAAAUUAAACUAGAAGCUUGUGGAUGGCUACCAAAAGCACAUUUUUGCGGUGAAAAUUGCCAAAGGACAUGUAAACAAAUAUUAACAUUGCUGUAUGUAUACUUCUGACCCAGCAUAUUUGGUCAUAUUUUCAGUAGACCCAUACUAAAUUCAUAAAAGAAACAAACUUCAAGAAUAUUUUUUGUGACCAACAAGUAUGUGUUCCAAUCACUCUAUCACCAGAAAAUAAGAGCUGUAGAAAAUGAUUGGAAACUCAAGACAGCCAUAACAUUAUGUUCUUUACAAGUGUAUGUAAACUUUUGACCACGACUGUAUAUGUUUACUGUAAGGCCAUCACCUGAUUUUUAAGAAGAGCUCAGGAACAAAAACACUUUUUAAGUCAUGUUUAGUCAUAAAUAUGUACUAUUGUUUUACUGAAGUUGAAUAGAACACCUUGUUGUGAAGUGUGAAAUGUUUAUUUCCUGGCAGGUUAAAUCAGAAAUGCUGUACAUUUUGCUUUUCAGAUAUUCUGUGCUUUCCCAUUAAAUUUGUUUUGUUUUUUUUGUCAAAAUCAGACUCAUUGGCAAUAUCACUGAAGAAGAUGUUCACACUUGUAUUAUAAAGCAAAGAAAAGCAAAAUAUCUAAUCAAAACACUGUACAAACACAUAUAAGAUAAUUCUCCAUUGUUAGAAGCCUGGGAUUUGUUGUCCAAAGUGAAGAUAAUGACAGCUUGGUUUUGAUGGUGGUCAGUGCCGAAAAUCCAGGCCCACACAAAUAAACGGAUGGCCAUUGUAAAAAGUU